AUGGCUCGCAUGACCUUCUCCGUGUUGAUGAUGGUGUCGAUGUGUCUUUUCAUCCAGCAGGCUAUGGCAGCCGCCCCAGCGAUGCGGCCGCCUCACAACCGCAAGCUGUUGCAGCUGGCAAGCUGGAGCAGCAACAUCAACAGCAACAGCCAGCAAAUCGCGGCGGCGCAAGUCGCCAGGGUCAUCACCCAGCAGCAGAUCGCCCGCGCCGUUGACGACGACGACCCCAACACGCAGUUUGCCGCGACCAGCGCCGCCACCACUGUGGGCCAAAUCGGGACCACGCUGGUCGCCACGGACCCGUGUGCGCUCGCCUGGACAGCGGCAUGCGGGCUGCAGCGAGCCGGGCGCCGCCACUGA